CCCAACAAGGAGGGGGAUAAGUCAGGCAAGCUGUAUAAAAGGCAAAGUGGUCAGUACAGCAAACAGCCUUCCAAGGUCCAUAUGAUGGAGGAUUCUGAGGACGAGAUGUACAUGAUGUAUCACAUCAAUCACAUUGGGGAAUCAAGGAAACCCUACCAUGUCAAACUUCAAAUAGGGGGUAAGAAUGUGGACAUGGAAAUCGAUACAGGCGCUGGAAUUUCAGUGUUGAGUGAAACAACAUUUCGCGAGUUAUCUGAGGAUACUGGACUCGAACUCAAACCCACCCAGGUCAAGUUACGCACAUACACAGGGGCAAGUGUGCCUACUUUGGGCGAGUGCGUACUCACAGUGUGCUAUCGUAACUUUACGAGAGAAAUGUUGAUUGUAAUAGUCAAGGGUAACGGUCCGAAUCUCAUGGGACGCGACUGGCUAGGGAAAAUAAAGUUGAACUGGGCUGAGAUAUUCAAGGUCAGUGAGGAUCAUGAACUACAGACAGUGCUUGAUAAGCAUAAGGCAGUCUUUGCAGGAGGACUGGGUAAAGUGAAAAACUUUAAAGCCAAGAUAUAUGUGGAUCAGAACGAGAAACCGCGUUAUUUCAAGGCAAGACCAGUUCCAUACGCAUUGCGGGAAAAGAUUGAAACGGAACUGGAUAGACUGGUGCAGGAAGGCACCAUUGAGCCUGUUGAAAUGUCAGAGUGGGCGACACCUAUCGUACCCAUUGUCAAGUCGGAUUCUACCAUUCGUAUCUGUGGUGAUUACAAAGUAACUGUAAAUCAAGUGAGUAAGUUGGACAACUACCCAAUCCCUAAGACUGAAGAUUUGUAUGCUAGUCUUGGAGGUGGAGCUUUCUACUCGAAACUGGAUUUGAGCCAGGCUUAUCAGCAGUUAGAGUUGGACACCGAGUCGAAACCCUACACAACAAUCAAUACCCAUAAGGGCCUGUUUUGCUAUAAUCGUCUACCAUAUGGGAUUUCGUCAGCUCCCGGAAUUUUCCAGAGGACAAUGGAAAAUAUCCUUCAAGGUGUACCGCAAGUGAUAGUUCGUGUCGACGACAUCUUAGUCGCCGGGAGGGAUCGACAGAGUCAUAUCAAGAACUUAGAACUGGUUUUGACCAAACUGGAGAAUGCGGGUAUACACUUGAAAAAGAGUAAAUGCUUUUUCAUGAAGGAAGAAGUUGAGUAUUUGGGUCACAGGAUCACUGGAGAGGGCAUGCAACCGAUUGAGGUCAAGGUUAGAGCCAUCAAGGACGCUCCUGCGCCCAGGAACGUGAAAGAACUUCAGGCUUUCCUUGGUAUGCUUAACUAUUAUGCGUGCUAUUUACCCAACAUAAGCACAGUGCUUGCACCACUUCACAUGUUGUUAGCCAAGGAGACUGACUGGAAGUGGGGAAAACGCGAAGAAAAUGCGUUCGUCAAGGCCAAGGAACUUUUACAGUCGGAUACGGUACUCGUGCAUUACGAUCCGAAGAAGAAGCUAGUGUUGUCGUGUGAUGCUUCUCCUUAUGGCCUUGGUGCGGUUCUAUCGCAUGUCGAGCCAGACGGCAAGGAACGGCCUAUCGCCUACGCGUCGCGUUCGCUGGCACCGGCUGAAAAGAACUACUCUCAAUUGGAUAAGGAGGGCGCAGCCCUUAUCUUUGGUGUGAAAAAGUUUCACCAGUAUUUAUAUGGAAGGACAUUUACCAUAUAUACAGAUCACAAGCCGUUAUUGGGGAUUUUCAAGACUGAUCGGGCCAUUCCGACUAUGGCAUCUGCGCGCAUCCAGAGGUGGGCGCUUCUACUCGCGGCAUACGAGUAUGACUUAAUCUACCGUCCGGGAACAUUGAAUGCUAACGCCGAUGGGCUUAGUCGAUUACCUCUGAGUGAAACUGUAGAUGAGGUACCAGUUCCAGGAGAAAUGAUUUUGAUGAUGGACACGCUUAACUCUUCGCCCGUAACCUUUGAGCAAGUGCAAACCUGGACAAAACAGGACCCUACGUUACAGGAAGUUAUCGGCUGGGUGUACAGAGGUUGGGGAGAGAAGUGUCCGAAUGAACGGUUAAAACCCUAUCACAACCGGAGACAUGAACUCAAUCUGUAUGAGGAUGUUCUACUGUGGGGGAAUCGCGUAGUAAUCCCUACAUUUGGACGAGCAUCGUUGCUCGACGCCCUUCAUGAAGGUCACCCAGGCAUCGUCAAGAUGAAAAGUUUAGCUCGAGGGUACGUCUGGUGGCCAGGCAUUGACGCCGAAAUCGAGGAGCGAGUGAAGUGUUGUGAGUCGUGUCAACUACAGGCUUCCAUACCGGCAAUGGCACCACUUCAUUCAUGGGACUGGCCAUCGAGGCCAUGGUCACGCGUACAUGUGGACUACGCAGGUCCAUUUCUGGGUCACAUGUACCUGGUCGUCAUUGACGCAUACAGUAAGUGGGUUGAGAUUUUGGUUACAAACUCAUCCACAUCGGCAAUCACUAUCGAGAGACUGCGGUGCGUGUUUGCGCAACAUGGAUUGCCAGAAAUGUUAGUGUCGGACAACGGUCCGUGCUUCGUGAGUGAGGAAUUCAGUGUUUUUAUGUCAGAGAAUGGCAUAAAACAUGUAAGGACUUCGCCACACCACCCCGCUUCAAACGGACUGGCAGAGCGGGCAGUGCGGGGAUUCAAGGAGGGCAUGAAGAAACAACAGAACACAGAGGGUAGUCUGGAUAAAAAACUUUGUCGUUAUCUCCUAGCGUAUCGGUCAACACCGCAAACAACAACUGGAUUGUCUCCAGCGGAACUCUUGUUCAACCGUAGAGUCAGGACAAAACUUGACUUAGUUCGUCCUGAAGUUCGUGAGCGUGUACAGCAACAACAGCUGUUGCAGAAGAAACAACAUGAUCAGCACACGAAGGAACGUCAUUUCGCUGAGGGAGAUUCCAUAUUCGCGAAGAACUUCUAUGCUGGACCUAAGUGGAAAUCGGGUGAAAUCGUGUCGCGAAAUGGACCCGUGUCCUAUACCAUAAAGGGGGAAAAUGGAACAGUGGCUAGACGCCAUGUAGACAAAGACUUUUAUGACACCAUACCUACCUCUGUACCUGUAUCUGUACCGGUUACUGAGCCAAACAACUCAGUUGGUAAACCAAAGCCUGCAGAUAACACAUCGACACCUGUACCAUCAACAAAAUCGUCGAUUAGUCCAGGAGAACCUUCAAGGAGACCCCAAAGACCGCGUAAACCACCAUCGUACUUGAAGGAGUAUGUUCGUGAUUAGCUAGCAUUGAACACAUUAUUUUGAGUUUCUGUUAAGCUUUAAGUAAGGAUGAACUGUGUUCUAUGAACUUGGUAAACUUAAGUGUUCAGCGUUGGUAUCGCGCAUUAUUGACUGUGUUUAUUGAUGCACUCUAUCUGUGCAAGAG